AUGUUCGGUAUCACCUACGCCACGCCAGCUUCUAUCGCGUACGCGGAAGCCGAAUCAGCGGCUGCGGCGGCGGCGAUUGCGCAGGAGGAUCGCGGAAGAGGAGACGAUGAGAUAGGAGAGCACGGAAGAUUGGAAGGCGGCAGGGGUCUAGAGGAACGGAGAGCGGAAGGCGGGAAUGGUGACGACGAGCCUCCCUUGGAAUUGCCGCUCCGAGUGUACCUUUAUCCGCUGCCCGCCGCCUUUAACUUCGGACUACUCCAGGCAAGCCCCCCGCAUCCCACGCAUACCUUCCUCAAUGCCAAGUAUUCCUCGCAUUCCGCACUCCUCCGCAUUCCCCGACAUCCCCAGGUUCCCCCCAUGCCCCGCUUCCCCGCAUACCCCCACAUCCCCCGCCUCUCCGGCCCCUUCCGCCUUGUGAGCCGCUCCUGGCCAACCCUCUCACCCUGCCGGCUCAUGUCCCUCACUUCCCCAACGGUCCUUCCUCGCUCGUUUCGCCUCAUAUUCUUCCUGGCUUCUUUUGCGCUCCUGCAUUCUCUCCCACGCUUUGCUCGCUAUCAACCUGUGCCCUCACGAGACAGCCAGGCGCAGUGGAAUGUGGGGUGUCGUCUCGACAUUCUCGCACGCCACGGCGUGCCUCCCUCGUGGAACUUCAACGCCUCUUCCUCCUCCUCCGCCUCCUCCGCCUCCUCCUCCUCCUCUUCCUCCUCUUCCUCGUCGCUCGUCGCGUCAGCAGACGACGAUGCUGACGGGGACGGCGACAACUCGCUAGACCAAGCCGCAGCCGCCACAUUCAGGGCAGAAGAAGCAGAAGCAGUAGCAGUAGCAGCAGAUGGGGAAAGAGUAGCGGCGGGCGAAGGCGACAUCGACGCCAUGAAGGGCGUGCAUCUGCCGAUGCUGGAGCAGACGGACGGGCUGGCGAGGCUGUCAGGGUGGUCCGAGGAGGCGGUGGCGGUGGCGGUGCCGUGCUACCACAACUUCCCCUACUACUGGCAGCACAGCGUCGAGUACUACAUGACUCUCUCCCUGCUCUUCGGUGCGUCCCUCCCUGUGUGCCUGGGGUCGGAGGCGGUGGUGCGGGUGGAGGAGCCGUCACACGCGGACGUGGUGUUCCUGCCCUACUUCUCCACGCUCGCCUUCCGCCUCAAGGCCAGUGCGCGGCUGAACGCGCAGCUACUGCCAGUGCUACCGCGCAUGGCCACUCAUCCGCUGCUCAUGCCCGCCGUGUACCCGGUCACAUUCGCCAAUGCUUCCCGGGACCUGCUGCAGCCCGUGAGGAAGCUGGCUGUGGACCUCGACAUGUACCCGCCCAUGGACGCGGACCCACUGAUUGAUGUGGUGGUGCCGUACGCUGCUCUGGUGCCCGCUUACGCUGAUGACCCGGGGUCGUGGCAGCAGCGCCCCACGCUGCUCUACUUCCGUGGCAACAAGUGGCGCGCUGGCCAUGCUGAGGGCCAGGCAGUGCGGAGGGCGCUAGCAGAGGUGCUGGUGGGGCAGAGGGGCGUGGUGUUUGAGGCAGCACUGGCGAGCGAUGAGGAUAAUAUCAUGGGGGCUGCGGGGGGCCUCCGGCGAGCCAAGUACUGCCUCUCCCCUGAAGGUGACACCUCGUCCAGCUGUCGCCUGUACGACAGCAUCCUAUCGGGGUGCAUCCCAGUGGUGGUAUCAGACAGCAUCGAGCUGCCCUUCGAGGACGCCUUAGACUACUCCUCCUUCGCCCUCUUCGUCCCCACCGCCCUCGCUCUCCGCCCCGGCCACCUGCUUGAGCUGCUUCAGGGGCAGAGCCGCGCACAGUGGCAGCGCAGAUGGUCCAACAUGCGCCGGCUGCGCAAGCACUUCGAGUUCUCAUCACUGCCCGAGCCGGGGGGAGCGGAGGACACAGUGUGGAGAGCAGUGUCAAGGCGCAUGAGGGGCAGCACGGGGAGUGCAGGGGCGCAGCGCAACAGGCGGCAGCGCCUGCGGCUGCUGCUGCGGCAGCUGGCACACUACGGGCUGAAUGCCUCGCACCUGCAGCAGCCAGUGCACUUGCGCCCACCUGUGCACUUGUAG